CUCUGUUCACUGCAAUAUGGUAUCUAUUCAAAUACAGAUACCUGAAAGAAGAUAAACACUCGAAGUUAGGUUAGGUUUUUAUUUGGGAGCAAAUUUGGUUGUUGAGAUCAAAAUCAAUGGCGUGCGUAUACAUACCGGUGCAGAACUCGGAGGAGGAGGUCAGAGUGGCGCUGGAUCAGCUCCCUAGAGACGCCUCCGAUAUACUCGACAUUCUCAAGGCCGAGCAAGCCCCUCUCGAUCUCUGGCUCAUCAUCGCGAGGGAGUACUUCAAACAAGGAAAAGUAGAACAAUUUCGUCAAAUUUUGGAGGAAGGGUCUAGUCCUGAAAUUGAUGAAUAUUAUGCUGAUGUAAGAUAUGAGAGAAUUGCCAUCCUAAAUGCUUUAGGGGCUUAUUACACCUACCUUGGGAAAAUUGAGACAAAACAAAGAGAAAAGGAGGAGCAUUUUAUUCUGGCAACACAAUAUUACAAUAAAGCAUCGAGAAUCGACAUGCAUGAACCUUCUACUUGGGUUGGGAAAGGUCAACUUUUACUGGCUAAGGGUGAAGUAGAACAGGCAUCAAGUGCAUUUAAAAUUGUGUUAGAGGCAGAUCGUGAUAAUGUCCCUGCUCUUCUGGGUCAGGCAUGCGUUGAGUUUAAUCGUGGACGCUAUACUGAUUCAUUAGAGAUGUAUAAGAGGGCCUUGCUAGUCUAUCCUGAUUGUCCUGGAGCAGUGAGACUUGGAAUUGGUCUUUGUCGCUAUAAAUUGGGACAAUUUGAGAAAGCUCGACAGGCAUUUCAGCGGUCUUUGCAGUUAGAUCCAGAGAAUGUUGAGGCUCUUGUUGCACUUGCUAUUAUGGAUUUACAUGCAAAUGAAGCUACUGGGAUCAGGAGUGGAAUGGAAAAAAUGCAGAGAGCUUUUGAGAUAUACCCCUACUGUGCAAUGUCUCUGAAUUAUCUGGCCAAUCACUUUUUCUUCACGGGUCAACAUUUCUUAGUUGAGCAACUGACUGAAACAGCACUUGCUGUGACUAAUCAUGGGCCAACAAAGUCACAUUCUUACUAUAAUUUAGCUCGAUCUUAUCACAGCAAGGGGGAUUAUGAAAAAGCUGGGCUCUACUACAUGGCAUCUGUCAAAGAAAUCAAUAAGCCCCACGAGUUUAUAUUUCCUUAUUAUGGUUUGGGACAAGUACAACUGAAGCUUGGAGAUUUCAGAAGUGCGCUUACAAACUUUGAAAAAGUUUUGGAGAUUUACCCUGAUAAUUGUGAGACAUUGAAAGCUCUCGGUCACAUAUAUGUUCAGCUUGGACAGGUUGAGAAGGCCCAGGAAUUAAUGAGGAAGGCUGCAAAAAUUGAUCCACGGGAUGCUCAGGCUUUUAUUGAUAUGGGGGAACUAUUGAUUUCCUCUGACACCAGCGCUGCUCUUGAUGCCUUUAAAACUGCACGAACUCUUAUGAAAAAGGGGGGUCAAGAAGUCCCAAUAGAAGUGCUGAAUAAUAUUGGAGUUUUACAUUUUGAAAAGGAAGAGUUUGAGUCGGCUGAACUAAGUUUCAAGGAUGCUCUAGGCAAUGGCAUAUGGCUUACUUUGCUUGAUAAUAAAGUGAACACCUACUCUGUUGAUGCUAGUGCAUCUAUUUUUCAAUACAAGGACACACAAUUAUAUCAUCGACUUGAGGAAGAUGGUCAUAUUGUGGAACUACCAUGGAAUAAGGUCACUGUGUUAUUUAACCUGGCCAGAUUACUUGAGCUGUUACAUAACUCAGAAGCUGCAAGCAUAUUGUACCGUUUGAUAUUGUUUAAGUAUCCAGACUAUGGAGAUGCUUAUCUGAGGCUUGCUGCAAUUGCUAAAGCUCGGAAUAAUCUUCAACUAAGCAUUGAACUGGUUAAUGAGGUUUUGAAGGUGAAUGGCAAGCACCCAAAUGCAUUAUCUAUGCUUGGUGACUUGGAACUUAAAAAUGAUGACUGGGUUAAGGCAAAAGAAACUUUCCGUGCUGCCAGUGAUGCAACUGAGGGGAAGGAAUCUUACUCUACUCUUUCUCUGGGGAACUGGAACUACUAUGCUGCUCUUCGCAAUGAAAAACGAGCCCCUAAGUUGGAAGCAACCCAUUUGGAAAAAGCAAAGGAACUCUACACCAGAGUUCUGGUGCAGCAUACAUCCAAUCUUUAUGCUGCAAAUGGUGCUGGAGUGGUCUUGGCAGAAAAAGGCCACUUUGAUGUUUCAAAAGAUAUCUUUACACAGGUUCAAGAAGCUGCAAGUGGAAGUGUCUUUGUCCAGAUGCCCGAUGUGUGGAUAAAUUUGGCGCAUGUUUAUUUUGCACAAGGAAAUUUUGCUUUGGCUGUGAAAAUGUAUCAAAAUUGCUUGCGGAAAUUUUAUCACAAUACAGACUCUCAAGUUCUUCUCUAUUUAGCUCGUACUCAUUAUGAAGCUGAACAGUGGCAAGACUGCAAGAAAACAUUACUAAGAGCUAUCCAUUUGGCUCCUUCAAAUUACACACUAAGGUUUGAUGCAGGUGUUGCAAUGCAAAAGUUUUCUGCAUCCACCCUACAAAAGACAAAGAGAACAGCAGAUGAGGUGCGUUCAACAGUUGCAGAGUUGGAGAAUGCUGUUCGUGUAUUUAGUCAGUUGUCUGCUGCUUCUAAUCUUCACCUUCAUGGGUUUGAUGAGAAGAAAAUUAACACCCAUGUUGAGUAUUGCAAGCACUUACUAGAUGCUGCAAAAGUACACCGUGAGGCAGCUGAGCGCGAGGAGCAACAGACUCGACAGAGACAAGAAGCUGCUCGUCAGGUUGCAUUGGCUGAGGAAGCCCGUCGUAAGGCCGAAGAGCAAAAGAAAUUCCUGUUGGAGAGGAGAAAACAAGAGGAUGAGCUAAAACGAGUGAGGCAACAAGAAGAACAUUUUCAACGUGUAAAGGAGCAAUGGAAGAGCAGCUCAUCUAAGCGACGGGAAAGGCCUGAAAAUGAGGAUGAUGAAGGUGGGCAUAGUGAGAAGAGAAGGAGAAAGGGUGGAAAGAGGAGAAAGAAGGACAAGAGCUCAAAGUCACGUUAUGAUACGCUUGAUGCAGAAGCUGACAUGAUGGAUGAUCCGGAAGAGCUAGAUGAUGAAGAUGCCAACAUGAAUUAUAGGGAGUCGCAUCAUAUGAACGAUCAGGAUGAUGAUGCAGGAGAAAAUGCUCAAGAUCGCCUUGCAGCAGCUGGACUUGAAGAUUCAGAUGCCGAGGAUGAGAUGCUUUCAUCAUCGGCAUUUCGACGGAGACGAGCUUUAUCAGAAUCCGAUGAUGAUGAGCAAUACGGGAAGCAGACAACCUCCAGUCCUAUGAGAGACAAAACUGCUGAGCUGCAAGACAGUGAUGAUGAAGUAAGGGAGGAUGACAAUAAGAUGAAUGGAGAUACCGGUUUUGAGGAUGAUUAGGUUGAGAUAGGAAAGUAAGUUAAAUGCACAUUGGGAUUUUAGAUGUCUUCCUUUCUGAGCAAUGUGCUCAUACUCUGGGCAAUCACUACAGUGUUUAUACAUGCAGUAUGUGUUUCCCCAUAUUUUCUAUUAUACAGUUUAUAAUUUAAUCUUGUAUGUUGUACUUUAAUUGUAAUCUUAAUAUAAUUGCAACAGAAAUUCAUAUUGAAGUUUAAAAUCAUCUUUACUUU